UUUUGUAAAUUAGAGGUGAUCCUUAUUCUCACAUACAAUAAAAUGGUUGAACCGUUCUUGAAGAGAGACGAGCCAGUGCUGAAGACCCUAGGUAUUCAAAAAAUUAGUGAAUGCAUUCGACACUUGGAACAAAAUUUUCCUCCCCAUUUGUACGAGGCCGUUCAAAUAAAUCACUGGACUUGAUCGGCCAUUGAACUCCAUCUGAAGAUGGCACUAAACAGGGCUUUCGUUAAACACCAUUUCAAGACAGGCAUGUAUUCCUCCAUCUUGCUGCUCAGGUUUUUUCACCGGAACAAUCCUUAUCGAAGCUAUCUGAAUGCAAGUCCUUCGUCAGAGCAAUCUGAUUUCCACAACUGUAUAUCGAGACUCUGUACAAACAACAAUGAUGUAAAAUUAGCCCUUGUCCAAGUCAAAAAGAUGUUAACUAGAGAUUUCAUUCCUGCAUUCUCAACCUGCAAUCUAGUUCUUGCAGCCCUAACUCGCAUCAAGGAAUACAAAGCUGCAUUACAACUAUAUGACCUCAUGCUCAAGAAAGGGGUGACUCCCACAAUUGUCACCUUCAAUAUAAUCCUCAAUUGUUAUUUUGAGUUUGGCCAAGCAGACAAGGCUUCACAAUUUUUUAUGAAAGUACAAGAACUGGGUUAUUCUCCUUCUGAUGUGACUUUGGGCACGAUGGUAAAGGGGCUUUGCAAAGCAGGGAAGGUUCUAGAUGCCAUGGAGUUUUUCCACAUAAACAUUCUCUUAAAAGGUCUCAGUCCCAAUGUAGUUACUUACAAUACGUUGUUGGAUGGGCUUUGCAAGCAGGGGCCUAAAGAAUUUAAAUCUGCGAUGGGGCUUUAUGGUCACAUGGUUAAGGCAGGGGUAGAUCCCACCUUUGUUACUUUCAAUAUCAUUCUGAAUUAUUACUGUGAGUGUGGCCAGAUUGGAUCUGCUUUUCAAAUUUUAAAGCAAAUGGAUGAAAUUGGUUGUGAUCCUAGUGUUGUCACUUUUGGCACGAUAAUCAAGGGGCUCUGCAAGUUGGAUAGAGUGGAGGAUGCUAUGAAGAUUUUGCGCAGAAUGAUGCGGAGAGGCCACAGAGUUGAUGUUGUUCUGUACAAUACAUUGAUGGCCGGACUAUGUAAAGCAAAGAAUGUGCGAAUGGCAGCUAGUUUGUAUGAAGAAAUGCUGGAGGAAGGUAUUAAUCCAGAUAUUUGGACAUAUACUACUUUGGUGGACGGGAUGUGCAAGGAUGGUCUAGUGAAGGAAGCUCAGAUGCUUUUCAAUGAUAUGGAGGAACGAGGUUUUAGUCCAAAUGAUAUCACAUACACUGCACUUAUUGAUGGAUAUUGCAAGGAAGGCAAUGUACCGGCAGCAAGGAAACUUUUUGGCAAGAUUUUAAAAAAAGGCCAUGCCCCUGGAUUAAUAAUGUACAGUGCUCUGAUUGCUGGGAUGUGCAAUGAAGGUAAUAUUGAUGAGGCUCUGAGAUGCUUUCUGGAGAUGCAGGAUAAAGGUAUCAAUCCUGAUGAUAUCUUGUAUGGCACUUUGAUGAAGGGAUUAUUGAAACAUGGCAGAGAAACUGAAGCCAUGAAACUCUUUAAUGAGAUGGUGGAACAAGAUCAAACUUUUAAUUAUAUGGCUUGUUCUUCAUAAUGCCAAAUCUUAUUACCUUAAUCAGAACCUUUCUUCAGGAGUGUGACUGCCAUUUGAGCUUACAUGUCAGCUACCUACAACAGGCAUUGAUUUUUUUUCAAGUAUGGUCCACCAAGGUUGUUGGUACUACGACCCCAUCUUGGAUGUGGGUAGUCAAAUACAGAACAUCCAUUGGGAAUUAAACCCAGGUCUUUUGCAUGGAAGCACACCAACUUGUCUGGUACAGCCUGACAGAUGUUGAGAGAAAUUUGAUAAUUCAAUGGGUACAGUGCAUAUAAAGGUCAAUUUCAGCAUCUAAUCAAGGCACCAACAAUGAGGAGCGGCAGUAGUUUCAAGAAAGGCAGCAAUGAGUUUCAAUGGAAAGGGGUUGAGCUCUUUUCUGGGAAGGGGCCACAACUGCCCCACAAGGGUUGUGUCUGCCCAAAGAGAAGGCUGCAGGACUCCGUUCUCUAGGCUCCCCAAAUUUUCUCUAUAAAGGAUGGCUGGAGCAAGGUGAGUUCUCAUCAAGAAGGACAUUGCACUUCAAGUCUCUACAAGGUAGUUGUUAGGAUCGUCAAGUCACAAGCAAGAACAUGGCGUCCAAGGCAAUAACACCAUACGCCUUAAGCAAGGACAAGGACCAGGGACGGCAUCAACAUGAUGAUUCAUUGCAACACUUCAAUCUUUUAGAAGGAUACAAGGAAGUUGUUCGAAGGAAAGGAUUUCACAAAGCAUACUUCAAUUAAGGAGCAACUAUCAACAUCGAGCACUUAAAGAAUCAUUGUUAGUACAGCCAAAUGAAAGCUCCAAAAUGCAAGUGAUCAAGACGAGAUAGUUUCAGAAGAGUUAAUCAAAGUUAGAAGAUCAACUUGAGCGAAGUCAUCAUCGUAUUAGGAGCUUGUACAUGUUGAGUAUCAAGAGAUAUGCCUCAUUUACAAUUAUGACUUGUGAUGAGUUACAAAAAUCGAGCAAGAUGAGGUGGCACCUAGUCAUCACCUAUCCAAUCAUAUCAUUUCAUUUCAUGAUAAGGUGUCCAGAUUCAAUGAACCUGACUCAUCCAUCAAAAGGAGAUAACUACUACAUGGGCACAAAGUUCGAUGUACCUACCAUCACCAUCUAUUGGUUGAAUUUUCUAGUAUGGUCAUUCGUCCCAUUAAUUGUAAAUUUAUCACUGGUCAAGCAUUAAAUGCUUUGCAAUGAGUGUAACAAACCCUAAUUAGGGUUUCUAUCUUUCGAUCUUGGCCAUUGAUUGUGAAUCAAUCUGAGCCAUUGAUUUGUAAUGAGAGCACUAUGAAAAGCUCCACUUCUUCAUUUUGUAGGGUUAAUAGUGAAUAGAGAAUAGAUGUAGAAAAUAUAUUAGAGUAGAGUAGAAAGAGAAGGCAAAGACUGUUGCCAAGACAU